AUGACUCCAUCACCGCAAGAACAUGAUGAAUGCCAUCAUGACAGUAGGCAACAAACAAUUAUGUUUGAGACUGUUGUUGCUUCUAUGAAUGAAAUGGUUGAACUUUGGAAAAUGAAUGAUACAUUUUGGAUAGAUUCAUCAAGUGAUAGGAGGUGUUUUAUUCAUCGUGAUAUUUAUGGAAGAAAAUUUUCAAAUCAAGUUCUACCUUACCAAACAUCAACCGGACGAAUUGAAUCAUCAAAGGAUUGUGGAAUUGUGUCAAUGACUGCAAUGGAGUUGAUCCAUAAUUUUCUUGAUCCAGUCAAAUGGAUGAACUUGUUUCCUACUAUUGUCACAAAAGCUAAGACUAUUGAAGUUCUUGAGUCUGGUACUUGGGAAGGCUCUAUGCAAUUGGUAAAAUAUAUGUAUGAAAAGAUGCAUAUUUUAUCUCCUCUAGUUGAAGCUAGAGAAUUUUUCUUCGUACGUUGUUGUAGACAACUUGAUGCAACAUGGAUUAUGGUGGAUAUUUCAUAUGAUAUAUUCAAUGACAUUCAUAGUGGUGUUACUUGGGUGGAACAUGUUCAAGUGUAUGAAAAAUAUCAGGUUAAUCAUAUCUUUAGAGAUUUGUUGUGUGAUCGUGAAGCAUACGGAGCUAAAAGAUGGAUUGUUACACUUCAAAGGAUGUAUGAGAGAUUUAAUUUUCAAAUGGAUUCAACAUGCCCUACUAGGCAUGAUUUCAAAGGACUGUUUCAUGAUCCAGAAGGGCUGAAAAAUACGAUACAAUUAUCUCAAAGGAUGGUGAAGAGUUUUUUUGAAAUUCUAAGCAUGACAGACAACCAUGGAGAUUUUUUAAUUUCAUCACAGUUAAACCGUGGAGAUAGGAUUUCAAUAAGAAAUAAUGAAGAAAUUAUCCAACCAAAAGGCUUUAUUUCCAUUGCCACUACUUCUCUAUUGCUUCCUCUUUCAUUCCAAGAUGUCUUCAAUUUCUUCAAAGAUGACAAGACAAGAAAUCAGCCUAAUAAUAUGCAUAAGGAAAUGUUAGUGCUUGAAGAGACAAGUAUUGAUGAAAUGGGAGCAUUUUUAGUCUAUGCACCCAUAGAUUUGCGAGCGAUCACUUCAAUUAUCAAUGGAGGUGAUGCAACAAAAGUUCCUAUUUUUCCCUCUGGUAUCAUCAUAAGUCCCGAUGGUCGGCUCUCCUCGAAUAGGGACAACACUGCAAAUGCACAAAAUGGUUCAAUUUUGACAGUUACAUUUCAAAUAAUGAUUUGUGGUGAUAAUAAUCCAACCUCCAGGCAGCAAAAAAUGGAGGUAGUGGCUUCUGUUCAUGGCGUUUUGAGCGCCACAAUUUUAAAAAUAAAAGAAGCAUUGGGUUGCUUUUAUUUGUGA